GCUACCAGACGUACCAGCGGAUGUGGAACUUCAUGCACUCCAAGCAGCCGUCGGUGUUCGUGAAGAGCACGGAGGAGGGCAUCGCCCGCGUGCUCAACUCGCGCUACGCCUUCCUGCUGGAGUCCACCAUGAACGAGUUCCACCGCGGGCACAACUGCAACCUGACCCAGAUCGGGGGGCUGCUGGACACCAAGGGAUACGGGAUCGGGAUGCCUCUGGGUAUGGGGUUAUGGGGGAUCCCUAUAUGGGGUGGUUAUGGGGUUAUGGGGCUGCUGGACACCAAGGGAUACGGGAUCGGGAUGCCUCUGGGUAUGGGGUUAUGGGGGAUCCCUAUAUGGGGUUAUGGGGUGGUUAUGAGGUUAUGGGGCUGCUGGACACCAAGGGAUACGGGAUCGGGAUGCCUCUGGGUAUGGGGUUAUGGGGGAUCCCUAUAUGGGGUUAUGGGGUGGUUAUGAGGUUAUGGGGCUGCUGGACACCAAGGGAUACAGGAUCGGGAUGCCUCUGGGUAUGGAGUUAUGGGGCUGUGGGGUGGUUAUGGGGUUAUGGGGUUGCUGGACACCAAGGGAUACGGGAUCAGGAUGCCUCUGGGUAUGGGGUUAUGGGGGAUCCCUAUAUGGGGUGGUUAUGAGGUUAUG